AAACAAAUCAAAGCGUGGAAGAAUUUCACCGCGCAUCUUUACCAAUAACAGUCUGCGUAACGUGCGUAAAAGUCCGUGCGUAAAAUCCAUCCACAACCACCGCUGACUGCUCGAUCAUCAAGGAUCACUGAAACGGUAUCAGGACCUUCGAGAAAGAUCUGACGGCACCAAACUUGUUACUGGACUUCCAGGUCGGACAGCCUCUGCAAGUUGGACUGAGAAGUUCUGGACGUUUGGAUGAUCCGGACCUGGGCAGCACGUUGGACCUGUCGUGGCUGCAGUUGUCAUUAUCAGGAGCAACUUGAUUUCAGAGGACGUCCAGCACCGAACCAGCGGAGUAUUCAUGAAGCAGUACUGGACUUACUACAGGAUGAGGCUUAGAACAUCGAGGUUCGGUUAUCUGCUGCUGCAGUUCGCGGCGCUUGGCUUUUACGCACAGAAUUCCGUGCAGUCCCCCCCGAACUUUAAGCACCACGUGACCGAGCAGAGCCGACUGUCGGACCGCAUGAGCCGCAGGCUGACCCGAACCUACCAGCUCUACAGCCGAACCAGCGGCAAACACGUCCAGGUUCUGGCCAACAAGAGAGUCAACGCCAACGGAGACGACGGGGCCGUGCACGCUAAGCUGGAGGUGGAGACGGAUUCGUUUGGGAGCCGCGUUCGAAUUAAAGGCAUCAAGACGGGAUACUACAUCUGUAUGAACAAGAGAGGGAAGCUGAUCGGGAAGCAGAAAGGACGCGGCAAAGACUGCAUCUUCACCGAGAUCGUUCUGGAAAACAACUACACAGCGCUGCAGAACACCAAGUACGAAGGCUGGUACAUGGCGUUCACACGUAAGGGGCGUCCGCGCAAGGCCUCCAAGACCAAGCAGCACCAGCGAGAGGCCCACUUCAUGAAACGCCUCCCGCGGGGCCACUUACUGAGUGAGAGGAGGCCCUUUGAUACACUACCUCUGCCCGUGUCCGUCCACUCCAGCAGCAAGAGGACUAAACACUCCAGCCAGCGCCGCUUGGGCAGACGCUGAACCCGGAA